CAAAAUAAUGGGGGAAUAUGCCUCUGCAUCUUAUGGAGCGAAUAUGGAGCAGCCGGUAUUCCCCGUCGCCGCUGCCGUGUUAUAAUACCAGGCCGGCCGCUCAGCUCUUCUGUGCAGCAGAACCUGCAGACCUCCAGCGGUGCUACCUGUUCCUCCGUCCAGCAGUGUGCUCACCAUUUUUUCUCCCUGGCGCUGGCAUCUUUAUUGUGGGCACCCGGCUGUGACAGCUUGUGGCUUCAUGGCCGGGUGCCCACUGCGCAUGCACGAGAAACGCUACACUUUGUGAAUGGUCCUGUAGUCUUCUGGGACCUGUCAUGUGUCCCAGAAGACUACGGGGAGGAAGGGGGAAGGACAACUCUGUGGAAGUGGGAGUGGGUACCUGUCAAAUUCAGACACCUGCUCCCCAAAGGUCCGCAGUCUUUGGUCAUCUCCUGUACUAUGUCCGCAGUCUCCGAUCAUCUCCUGUACUAUGUCCGCAGUCUCUGUCAUCUCCUGUAGUAUGUCCGCAGUCUCUGGUCAUCCCCUGUGCUAUGUCCGCAGUCUCUGUUCAUCCCCUGUAUUAGAUCUGCAAUCUCUGGUCAUCUCCUGUACUAUGUCCGCAGUCUCUGAUCAUCUCCUGUACUAUGUCCGCUGUCUCUGGUCAUCUCCUGUACUAUGUCCGCAGUCUCUGGUCAUCUCCUGUACUAUGUCUGCAGUCUCUGGUCAUCUCUUGUACUAUGUCCGCAGUCUCUGGUCAUCUCCUCUACUAUGUCCGCAGUCUCUGGUC